CUCCCUCCCUCCCUCUCUCAAUGAAGGUGUGCAAAGCCACGGUGGUGCUAGUGCUAUUGUGUGCCAUCAGCCACACAGCAUUUUCGGCUGUUAGAAAUGGUCUACUACCAAAUGGGAACUUCGAGUAUGGUCCAAAACCAUCAGAAAUGAAAGGCACGUUAGUGUUAAAUCGCAAAGCAAUUCCCAAUUGGGAAAUCUCAGGCGAAGUUGAGUACAUAAAAUCAGGUCAUACACAAGGGGACAUGUUACUAGUAGUGCCCGAGGGAGCCUUUGCAGUGAGGCUUGGCAACGAGGCUUCAAUUAAGCAAAAGGUUAGGAUGAUCAAGGAUGGGUUCUACUCGCUAACGUUUAGCGCCGCGCGCACGUGCGCCCAAGAGGAGAAGCUGAAUGUGUCGGUUUCGCGAAGUUUGGAGCCAAAUGACUGGGGAAUUCUGCCAAUGCAAACCAUGUAUAGCAGCAACGGAUGGGAUUCAUAUUCAUACGGUUUCAAAGCAGAUGCUUCCCAAAUAGAGAUUAUCAUCCAUAACCCGGGCGUUGAGGAGGAUCCUGCUUGUGGCCCAGUUAUUGAUUCAGUUGCAUUGAAGCUUUUGAGCCUUCCUAAACGUACCCGAGCCAACUUGUUGAAAAAUGGGAAUUUUGAGGAAGGUCCAUACGUGUUCCCAAACGCGCCUUGGGGUGUCCUAAUCCCACCCCACAUUGACGACGCUCACAGUCCAUUACCAGGGUGGAUAAUUGACUCCCUCAAGGCAGUGAAGUACAUAGAUUCAGACCAUUUCCAUGUCCCAGAGGGAAAACGAGCCAUUGAACUUGUUGGUGGCAAAGAAAGUUCCAUAGCACAAAUAGUCCGCACAGAACCAGGCAAGGAAUAUGUCCUCACCUUUGCUGUAGGAGACGCUAAGAACUCUUGUGUGGGCAGUUUGGGGAUAGAGGCUUUCGCAGGAAACGGCACAACCAAAGUUGUUUAUGUAUCCACGGGCAGCGGAGGCUUCAAACGUGCGAAGCUUCGGUUUAAGGCGACACAAUGGCGCACACGAGUCAUGUUCUUCAGCACGUUUUACACCAUGACCAGUGACAAUUCUGGUACUCUCUGUGGACCUACGUUGGACGAUGUGAAGUUGAUCAGCGUUCGCACUCCUCCGCGAACACGACGUGCUUAAGCAAUGAACAAAAGAAAAAAUUGUGUUUGAUUAUCCUUUUAGCUUUUACUACAUACUUGUAGUUUGUUGUAAUAGAAGCAAGCUGAGAUCAUGCGUAAUGUGAGUCUUUUUUACG